AUGGGUGCUGCUUCGGAUGCUCUCUACUUUGCUCUUCAUCCAAAUCAAUUAGGAGCGCUGGUUCAAUGGUGGGUACAGAACUACACCUCAAAUGCACUCCCUCUUGAAAGACUGCCAAAGCUUGCUGAUCCUGGGAAACUACAAUAUGUUCCCAUACACAAGCGAGACGAAACGCAAGAGUCAGCAACAGCCAAAAUCUGCUUCGAAUUCUUAGAUCAGACAGGUCGCAGCUUCAGCCCCGUUAUUAAAGAGCUACACCCUGAGCUACUCUUGCCUGUAUGCGUGUUUUACCUGAUACUGCGUGGACUCGAUACGAUCGAAGAUGAUACAUCAAUCCCCUUCGAUAUUAAAGAGCCAUUCCUUCGAAGCUUCAAAGAUUAUCUAGAUAAAGAUGGCUGGACGUUUACCGGCAAUCGCCCAGAAGAAAAGGAUCGCGCACUACUGAUGCGGUUUGACAAUGUCAUUGCCGAGUUCAGGAAAUUGAAACCAACUUACCAAGCAAUUAUCAAGGAUGUCACCGACAGAAUGGGGAAUGGUAUGGCUGAUUUUGCGAGAAAGGCGGCUCUCGGGGAUGUGAGUGUGAGUUCUGUGGAGGAGUAUGACCUCUAUUGCUGGCAUGUAGCCGGAAUCGUUGGCGAGGGUUUGACUCACCUCUUCGUCGAGGCCGAGAUGGGCGAGAAUACCCUGAUCAAUCACUCUCUGUAUAGAUCAAUGGGUCUACUCUUGCAGAAGAACAACAUCAUCCGCGACAUUCGUGAAGAUUUCGAUGACGGUCGCCGGUUUUGGCCCAGAGAAAUCUGGUCCAAUCACGUCAACAAGUUUGAAAACCUGUUCGAACCCAAGUAUCUCAGGAACGCGCUUAAUUGCAGCUCUGAGAUGGUUUUGAAUGCUAUGAAACAUGCAUUUGACUCUUUGUCAUAUCUUGCGGGCUUGCGUGAACAGAGCGUGUUCAAUUUUUGCGCGAUUCCAUCAACUAUGGCUUUGGCUACGCUGGAGUUGUGUUUUCGCAAUCCGGCGAUUUUUGAGCGAAACGUUAAAAUCACCAAAGGAGAUGCGUUGCAGUUGAUGGUUGAGUCUAGUCAGGAUCUUGAGGGCGUGGUGAAGGUCUUUUGUCGUUAUUUUCGUCGAAUUCAACGAAAGAACGACCCCGAGGAUCCGAAUUUCUCGAGAAUUAGUAUUGCAUGUGAAGAGGUUGGUAUUUCUAUAACCGAUGAAUAA